UAUUGGAUUUGUACACUACCAACAACAAGACGAUUUGAUUAAGUUGCACGAAGGUGUUGUAAAAGACAUUGAACGACAAGAAAAUAGACGCCGGGAGUUGUUAGAAAUAAACUCCGAUAUUUCAGUAGCCACCAAUCUUCAGGAUGGGGAAAAAAUCGCAUAAAAAGGAACACAAAAAAUCAUCUCACAAAAAAAAAAAACAAAGAUCUUCGUCAUCCAGUAGUUCAACAUCAAACGAUGAUCAAUGGGUUGAGAAAUGCCAGAAAGAUCCAUCAUCUACUUCCACAUCAUUUGCUGUAUCAAACGAUGAACCUGAUAAUUGGAUGGAUUUUGUGUGUAAUACAUCUUCAGAAAUUGAAAAAAAAAUCAGUACAAAGAGCAGAGAGCAGGAAGAAGCUAAAGCAAGAAUGAUUCAACCAGGUCAAUCAGAACGAGAAUUAAAUCCUUACUGGAAAAAUGGAGGAACUGGUCUUCCACCGCCAAAACCAUUAAGUAGUCACAAAGGUUUCCUUAAACCUAAAAUGGAUGAUGACGAUGAUCAUCACUAUAAAAUCCAUCAGCAUUCUAAUUAUUCAAAACCUUCUUAUAGUCGCCAAUCUUGGAAAAAACACGAUCGUAGAGAUAAUAUAAAUGAUAGUAAAUAUACUGCUUCAAAACAAGAUAAUGAAGAAAGAUAUAAACGGCAUAGAGAAUUUGAUGAAAGAAAAGAAGAAAGGGAUAAACAUUAUAGAGAAUUUGAUGAAAGAAAAGAAGAAAGAGAUAGACGACAUAGAAACCAUGAUCAUGAAAGAAAUAGGCAACAUAAAGAUUAUGACAAUGAAAGUAAAGGAGAAAGAAAUAAAAGUUACAGAGAACACAAAGAUGAAAGAAAUAGUAUCAAAAAAAAAUAUUCAAGAGAAUAUGACCAUAAAAGAGAUAACAAAAGUAAACAUGACAAAGACUCUGAAAACGAAGAAAAAUACUCAUCUGAUGAUGACAAAUAUGAAGGAAAAACAUUGCAUAAAAAAUCAGAUUAUAAUAACGAAACUCAAGAACACAAUGAAACUGUUGAAAAACCUUUAACCGAGUCAGAAUUAAAUGCACUUGCUGCUAAACAAAUAAAAGCAGAAAUAAUGGGAAAUAAGAAAUUGGCUGAAGAACUUAAGCAAAAGUUGGAUUCAGCACGAGACUAUGCUUCAAAACAAAAUUACACUACAAAUAAAACAAAACAAAAAGAAGAAUUUGUAUUACUUACUAGGACUUCAUCUAAAGGUUAUAGUUAUCCUGUUAAACAAGCACAAGUUGAUAAAAAUGAUGGUAAAAGGAAAAAACGAGAAAAAGUAUUGACACAUGAAGAUGGUAAAAGAGUAAGAUACUUUGAUGAUGAUGAUAAAUAUUCAUUAAAAUCUAUGUUUGAAAAAGAAAUGACUAGUACAGCAGAAGAUAGUAAUAUGGAGUUUGUUAAUCUAUCAAGAAAGGUCAACUCUAGAGACGAUGAAGAUGAUGUAUUUGUAGAUCGUGCAUCAGAAAAACGAUCUGCCAAGGCAUCUGAGAGAGAAAUUAAAAGAGCUAUUGGUGAACAUAAACGUACAGAAAAAAUUUUAAAUUCUUGUCGUUAUUGCUUUGAUAGUGAAGAAAUGUUGAAACACUUAUUUAUCGCUAAAGGAGAAAAGUGUUAUCUGUGCUUGCCAAAUUACAAAUCCUUGACAGAAGGACAUUGUUUAAUUGUACCAAUAUACCACUAUGCAUGUGCAACUGAUAUUGACGAAGAUGUUUGGACUGAAAUGCAGGUAUUUCGAAAAGUAUUAACUACCAUGUUUAAAGAUCAAGAUGAAGACGUAAUAUUUUUUGAAAGUGCAAUGAGACUGAACAAUAUGCCUCAUAUGGUAUGGAACUGUGUGCCUGUGCCGAUUGAAAUUGGUGACACUGCUCCUAUAUAUUUUAAAAAAGCUAUUUUAGAAUGCGAGACGGAAUGGGCUAUUAACCAAAAAGUCGUGGACUUAAGUAGUAAAGAUGUACGUAGAGCUGUUCCCAAAAGUUUACCCUAUUUUUCUGUUGAUUUUGGAAUGCAAGGUGGAUAUGCUCAUGUCAUUGAAGAUGAAAAAAUUUUCCCAAACAACUUUGCCGAGGAAAUCAUAGGUGGUAUGAUGGAUUUAGAUCACAGUGCAUGGCGAAAAAAGCAAAAAGAACCAAUUGAAGAGCAGUUACAGAAAACUACAAAAUUUUUAGAAAUAUGGAAAGAUUAUAAUUUUACCAAAACAUAAUAUUUGUAAUUAAUUCAUUAGAACAGGUUAUGUAAUACAGUCUUAAAAUGAAUACAAA